AUGGGCGGUGCCGAAUCAAGGGAAGCUCACCAGAAGAUCCACAAAGCCUCGCUGGACGGUGUGACAUUCCCAAAGACGCUGGAGCUCAACUACGACCCCUCAUGGAAGAAACUCAAGCUAUCCCUCGACCACGGCUCUCAGCCGCUCUACAUGUUCAACCUCCCACAAGGUUGGUGGGGGGACCUCAUCAUGUACAACGGCCCUACCCUGCAUCAUCCCCCGCUCGCAGCGGUGCGCAACUCUGGCAAGACGGCCAUGGGCAAUGUCGUCACGCUGCCCCCUCUCGGGCCCGGUCAGGAAGUCGUUGAGGAGGAGAUGUCACGCCGGACGAAGCGCCUCAUGGACUUGUACUCCUUUACCGUGCCCGUGUCCCAGAGAGGGGGGGAGAAGACAACGCAGCGUGUCGAGCGGUUCGAGUGGGUGGGCACCGGCGGGAAAGAGGUCAAGGACUUGCAUGAAUGGGUCCGCGGAUGGAAACUCAGGCGAGUCGUGGCGAGUUAUGCAGAUGCAUAUGCAGGCUCGGAUGAGGAGAAGGAUGAUGGAGACGCAUCGACGUAUGAGAACACGGACGGAGAGAUUCUGGCCGUCUGGGCGGAUGCGACGGGCCUGAGCAAAAAGGCUGCCAAGUUCGAGUUCAUCAAUAGUGGAGCGACCGGUGAGCUGGGGGAGGCGUGGGCCGUCAUGGCGGUCAUUACGUUUGUGAGGGUAUGGCAGAGAUACAUGCAGCUGGUAAUGGUGUAG